AUGCGGCGUCCUGCAGCCGAAUUGUCACCAACUGACGGUCGAAACCCUAACCCUAUAGCAAGAAUACCUAACCCAAAUGCUGGGAAUCCGAAAAUGGUUGUUUCCAGUGAAGUUGCAACUCUCGAAUUCCUUCGCACGGUCCUUGAUAUUCCUGUUCCUAAAGUUCUUGCAUGGAGCUCCCCAGGGCCACACCAGAAUCUAGUAAGCGCCGAGUAUAUGUUAAUGGAGAGGGUGGGCGGCCGUCAAUUGAGUGAUGUUUGGGACAACAUGUCUGAAAGACAACGUUUCAAUUUAGUCAAGAAUGUCGUUGAGAUUGAGAGGAAACUUGUGAACACGCCGUUUACUGGCUACGGCAGCCUCUAUUAUAAAGAUGCAUACGAGGAAAGUUAUCCGGGAUACUUCAAAGCUAUUAAUGCUGAAAAAGUGCCUGGAAAGGAAAACGAAGUAUCCCGAUUCGUUAUUGGCCCAACAACGGAGAGGGCCUUCUAUGCCGACAAUGAUGAGAAACAUAACAUCAGUCACGGACCUUGGGAGACGGCUGUGGAGUACCUUGCUGCUAUAACGAAGCGUGAGAUAUGUUCGGUUCAGAAUUUCAACCUCGCUAGUCCAGGUGAUACCUUGCCAUUUUGGGAACGAGUCAGUACGCCAUCUUCCUCUAAACUCCACGUCAAGCUCCUCGAACAGUUUAUUACCGUUCUACCUUACAUAAUACCUCCAUCUGAAAUCAUUCAACCUAUCCUAAUGCACCAGGAUCUUCAUUUUGACAAUAUAUUUGUUGAUGAAACGGACCCAUCAAAAGUUUCGGGUAUAAUCGACUGGCAAGCAACCUAUAGUUCCCCGAUCUUCACGCAGUCUAGAUUUCCCUCAAUUUUCGACUGUGAGGAUCCAUACACUUGGGGUGCCGUCCAUCUUACGCUCCCAGAGCACUUUGAUACGUUAUCAAUAGAGGAGAAAAAGCUGGCCGAAGAUUCGCUUGGCCGCCUAAGGUUAAAGAAAUUUUACGAGUUGGCAUCGAGAAAAAUGAACCCCCUGUUAGCCAAGGCGAUGGAUGCAAUGAGAAAUGAUGAGUGUCCCACCUCGUUUAUAUUUUAUAUUGUCCAACAGUCUGCGUUUGACGGACCAAUACCCCUGAGAGAGCUUCUCAUUCAAAUUUAUGAACAAUGGGAUCAGAUAACACGAAGAAAUGGCGUGACUCUGAAGUGCCCUAUUCCAUUCACAGAGGAAGAGAUAAAACAAGCACGUCAACAGGCCGAGGAAUGGGGGGAAUCAUUCAGCGAAUUCGAGAACUUCCGAGCCAGUCUCCUUGGCAAAGAUGGAUGGGUUCCGCAUGAACAGUAUGAGGAAGCUAAGCGAGCGUUUGAAAAUUCUAAGGGUGAGCUAGAGAGGUUAAGGAAUGGUUUGGAACACACUUUGUAA